AUGACCUUGGACGUCAACGCGUUCCAUGUGCUCAAGACCGCAAGGGACGGCCGUAGUUCGAAGUGCUCUGCUUGCAAUUCCAAGGAAAAGAAAGCUGCUGCUGCUGCACGCAGAGCGCCCUCGCCGAAUGCCGAGCGGCAGUGUCGUGUCUGUCGUGCGUGGAAGACUGUGGGACACUUCCGGGUAGAUACCACAUGCCGGUUAGGAACGGAAUCGACUUUCAAGAGCUGUCAAAAGGCAAAAGAAGUAGUACAGCGAAAGGAACACAAGAAACGGAAGUGUGAUUCGCUAGGGGCCGGAGACCAUAUUGAAACGAUGAAACGCCGGAUUCAUAUUGUGGUGACUGGUGCCAGACGCAGAAACCUGGAUGUAAAGCCCGAGCAUUUGGAAACCAUCACUGGAAACCCUUGCAGUUAUUGCGGACGUCUGCAGAACCCGGACCUGGGAGUGACGGUAGAUAGGGUUGACCCGAGCGAUGGGUACGUUCCUGAAAACACUGCCCCAGCCUGCUGGCCUUACAAUCGAGCUAAGGGGGUUCAUGUCGUCGAACGCUUCAUUUGGAAAAUGUCGCUGAUUGCUGGAUACACGAAGGAUGGGAAGACAACUGACAAGGACGAGGAUGACCUAAUUGAAUACGGAGCAAGCAUCGGUCUGAGUCACGUGAGACCUGUGGCACGCGAUCAGCAGAAUUGGCUCAUUACACUCACAGCUGACGAGGUAGAUCUGUGGUGUUUUACUUGCUUUUUCUGUGGAUCUUCGGCGUUUGGGAUUGACAGAUUAACCCCGGGAUGUCAUGGAGGUAGUUUUUGCACCGAAAACGCCGCCCUUUGUUGCUGGGAGUGCAAUAGCUCAAAAGGGAGACGUGACGCCUGGAGCGUUUUGUAG